CCGCGAGUCAAGGAGUUCCCUGUCGUGCAAACGCGGCUGCGCCCCGGUCCCGUUCGGAUUUCCAAGCUCGAAUGAUUGAAUGAGCCUUCUCGAGCCUUCCCACGAGGCCUCGCGCAUUUUCCAGACAACCCGCAAGUUUAACAGGCUGCCACACCACAGCCCUUCCCUUGGCCGCUGGGCCGCCCACACUUUUCGGUCGCCAAUUAGUUACUCAUUGCGCCGCUUCGACUUGCUACUUGAGGUAAUCAGUUUGGUCACGUCGACUCUGGCUCAUCUCGGCUCCAGCAACCAUGGCUCCACGGGCUGAAGGCAGCCACAAGAGAAGCCGGCCAGUCUCUGGUUCGCCCGCCGACGAACAAGAAUCCUUCAACAAGAAGGUCCGUCGCUCCGAGCGGCUAUCGCAGCGCGCCGACCAUGGCGGGCUUAAAACCCCCGUGCAGCACAAACACCACCUUCCCUCGCCCGUGACACACCUCGCCAGCGAGAGCACCACCGAUUUCGACAAGGAAACAACCGCCACACCUCCCCAGGAACGCCCGAGCCAAGAGGCCCGUCGCCGGGGCGAUGACAACUACUCCCAAGGGCUGGCCUUCAGCUCCCCGCCGCAGGAUACGCAGGCAUUCAGUCAGCAGGACAUCGAUCCUAAUGCCCCCUUGGUCGAAGGCGUCGACGAGCUCAAGGAAGGCGUCUGGGGCUAUCUCCUUCCGCUAGACACACGCUUUGUGCGAGCGCCUGUGGUGCUGAAGAAUAAAGGGACUUGCUCGGGUCCCGCGGCCUCUCUCGAGACCAGCCAGGCGGCGGGUGCCAGGAGCAGCGGGAGGAGGGGACAGAGAGCAUCAGACAAGGAGCAAAAGGGCUGCUCUGCGGCUUCCGGAGGAUACGUGAUUGGACGACACCCUGAAUGCGACAUCAGGGUGGACGACCUGCAAGUGUCGAAUCGACACUGCUUAAUCUUCACCGAGAAUAAGGGCAACAGUACGGUGGCCGUUCUCGAAGAUCUCUCCCGAAACGGGACCUACGUCAACGAGGCUUACCUAACGCGGAACGAUAGGCGGGAACUGCAGGAGGGUGAUGAGAUUUCGGUCACCAGCACCAGUCCGGGCUUCAUCUUCAGGUAUCCCAGGUGCCGACACGGGAAACCGUUCGCGCAGCAGUACACACUGCGGCAGAAGCUGGGGAGCGGCCACUUUGCCCAAGUAUUCAUGUGCAGUGAGAAAUCGACAGGCGACUGCUAUGCGGUCAAGAGAUUCGCCAAGACCCCAGGCGUCGAGGAUAAGAUCAAGUACGAGGGCCUGCACCAGGAGGUUGCUAUGCUCAUGGGCAUCAGCCACCCAAAUGUUCUCUGCCUCAAGGAGACGUUCAACGAGCCCGAAGCGGUGUAUGUGGUGCUGGAGUUGGCCCCCAACGGCGAGCUGUUCAACUUCAUCAUCGAAAAUAAGAAGUUGACCGAGGCUCAAACUCGGAGGAUUUUUGUUCAACUUUUUGAGGGCAUCAAAUACCUGCAUGACCGCGAUAUGAUUCACCGGGAUCUCAAGCCCGAGAAUAUCCUGCUCAUGGACGACGACUUGACUGUCAAGAUAGGUGAUUUUGGGCUUGCCAAGAUUGUUGGCGAGGAAUCCUUCACAACGACUCUUUGCGGCACGCCCAGCUACGUGGCGCCGGAGAUUCUGGUCAACAACAAGCAGCGCAGGUACACCAAGGCUGUAGAUAUCUGGUCUUUGGGCGUGGUGCUCUACAUCUGCCUCUGCGGCUUCCCUCCGUUCUCGGAUGAGCUCGAGAGGGACGAUUUCCCCUAUAAGAUGGUGGAUCAGAUCCGGAAAGGACUCUUCGAUUAUCCCUCGCCCUACUGGGAUCCUGUCGGCGACCCGGCUCUCGACCUCAUCGACUCAAUGCUAGUAGUAGACCCUGAGAGGCGCUUCACAGUCGACCAGUGCCUCGCCCACCCUUGGCUGACGCAGAAACCGCCCGGUGUGAACGACAGCACUAAUGGCCUUGUCUCUGGCCUCGCCGGGCUGGAGAUGAGCCGCCGCGGGCCUUUCAGGGAGCGCACGUUGAUCAGCUCCAUCAACACGGUACACGUCACGGACCGCGUGCCCGCGGGUGCCGGGAAGCCAGACGUCAAGGUCUAUUCGAAGAACCCCAGGGGAGGCGCGCCGCCUACGCCCAAGAGGGAGAUGCGGCCGGAUGAUAAUCGAGAUCCGGGUGAGUUCAUGGAGAUGGGUGGGAAAGGCGAUCAGGCGUUAUAUGUCGAUGACAACGGGAGUCGGUACCCCGAGCAGGACAUCGCGGGCAAGCAAAAGGGGAAACACAAGGGAAUAGGGGGCCGCUAGGCCGGUUGAUUGAUAAACUGGACGGUUGAAGGGUGCUGGUGUUGGUUUCAUGUGGGAACAUUUGGACCAGUGACCGCGCAUCAGGUGCGGCUGGAUCUGUAAUUGUCUGCUUAUGUUGUGGGAGUUACCGGCGGGUUCAUUUCGUUCCAGGAUUAUGUCUUCUUGAAACCCAGGGUUGCGUGGGAAGUUGUCAGAUUCAUCAUACUUCAGGUCACACUGUGUUAGUCAAUGGGAUACAUCAGGUUAUACUUCCGGUGUUGGUCUGAAGUCAUUAGUGAUGGAUACUAGCAAGGGAACGAACCCACAAAAAGACAAGAAGAACUUGUCCAGGGAAAAUUGUAGCUGACUUAUGGUACUGCUAGGAGCUCCAAACAAUCAGUGUAGACACAAUUAUAAACAC